AUGAGAAGAGAGCUUACGUGCGCCUUUGCAGCUUUUACAGCAACGACUGUAGCCUUGGGUACGGAGGUCAAGACCUUGUCGACCAAAACGGCUGACUGCUCUUUCACGUCCUCUUACGACAAGCUUCCAACGUCAACAACAGGCCAGGUUGGAACCUCUUCUGUCAACUGUGGGCUGCUUGACAUAUACCUCAUUAUUCGCGUUCUAAUCAUCUAG